AUUUGUAUGCCAAUUGAGAAAAUUCCAUGGUCUGGACCAAAAAUAAUAAAUAAUUUUUCUCACUUAUAUCAAUAAAAGAAAUUGCUCAUGGAAAAUGUUUUUAUUACUACGUUAUUAGCAUUCAAUUUUUAGUCCCUCUGACUGACCACCAUCUAACAAUAAAAAAUUACUUUAAUUUGUUUUAUGUAUAUACUAUUUCUACAAUCGGCUGCAAAACUCUUGGUUUGUAUAAACUAAUGUAUCAAUUGAUGAAUAAUGAUUAUGAUAAUUAAUGCGGUAUGAUUGAGGUGAGGCAAUGAAAAUUGUGUGAGUGUUUUACACUAGAUUCUAUCAUUACUUUAUUAUCUUUAUUCUGCUUCAAACAUUUACAAGUUGCAUUAUUGGUGUUUGCAGUUGAGAAAGAGGCAGAAGGAUGUUCAGUGGAGAGUGAACCGGAGAUGUGGCCUUCAAACUGCAGCACAUCUGAAACUGCCAAUGCAACAGAAGUGGGUGGACUGAAUGCACAUUCAAUCUCUCCCAUGGAAGAGUGCACUGAGCCAUCUGUGGCUGGCAAAAAGAUCAAGCUCUACAGCUGUGCUGACUGCAGCUAUAAAACUCCAUCGAUCACUCAUUGGAAGAGACACAUGAGAAAACACACUGGGGAAAAGCAUUUCAGCUGCAAGUAUUGUGACUAUAAAUGUACUCAAUCUGGUAAUUUGAAGGAACAUAUCAGAACACAUACAGGAGAAAGGCCUUUCAGCUGCGAGUAUUGUGACUAUAAAUGUGCUCUAUCAAGUAAUUUGACGAGACAUAUCAGAACACAUACAGGAGAAACACCUUUCAGCUGCAAGUAUUGUGACUAUAAAUGUACUCAAUCAGGUGCUUUGAAGGAACAUAUCAGAACACAUACAGGAGAAAGACCUUUUAGCUGCGAGUAUUGUGACUAUAAAUGUGCUCGAUCAAGUGCUUUGAAAUCACAUAUCAGAACACAUACAGGAGAAACACCUUUGAGCUGCGAGUUUUGUGACUAUAAAUGUGCUCGAUCAAGUGCUUUGAAGGAACAUAUCAGAACACAUACAGGAGAAACACCUUUCAGCUGCGAGUAUUGUGACUAUAAAUGUGCUCUAUCAAGUAAUUUGACGAGACAUAUCAGAACACAUACAGGAGAAACACCUUUCAGCUGCAAGUAUUGUGACUAUAAAUGUGCUGGAUCAAGUAAUUUGAAAAGACAUGUAAGAACACAUAAAGGAGAAACAACUACUAGCUGAAAAUUUGUGACUUUACAUGUGCUCAUUCAAAUUCAUUUUACUGUGUUUCUCAGUAAGGUGGUCACUAAUAACAGGACAAGUGUGUUGAACAUGUGUGUACACACAAAUGUCGUCCAUACAUUGUUUUUUCAUCACAGCUAAAGGCUUCAAACAACAUUUUUUGAGGUUCUGAGUAAGUAUCGGCUCACACCUCCCCCCUCCUCUAUUCAAAUUGCCAGGGUUGCCCUGGGCUGGCGUCUGUGGAGGGGCGGAGUGGGGGAUGCUGCUCACAGUGUGGUGUGUGCCGGCGGGUGGUUGGGGACGGCUGGGCUCCUCGCGGUGUUGGGUGUCCUCCACAUACACCACGGUUGUCAUCUCACAACACUGAAAUUCUCUCCUUUCUGAGAGGUGAUAGGCCAUGCUUUGGCACUACCUGGAGGGAGGGGAGUCGCUAGGAGUGGUGGGAGAGUAGUGGCAGUCAUCACCGUCGUUGUAGUGCAUGGCAACAGGUCAAAACUUGUCAGAAAUGGUCUCCUAGUGUCUUCCAGACGAGCCUUUGUCACUGACUCCGGUCUGCCUCCAGAUCAAGUGGUGUUCGGUUCGUCCUCUUAGUGACCCCUACCGGUCACCUGACCUGUUUUUUUUAGAUAAAUGAAAACUUAAACUCAAAUAGUGCAGCAAAGAAAAAUUGCAUGGUUGCCUGUAAAGUCGGUAUACGGGCGAAAGUUUUACGUGACAACGACUUUGAGUGGUAAAAUAAUUUUAAUGUGAAUAUUCAUUCGUAUAGUAGGAAGAAGGAUGAAAUAAUAACUCACAAUGAGAGUGAGUGAGAGGCACGCGUUCCUUCCACUCGGGCAUGGUUAGCCCGCGCCCACCUAAGAGCGAGAGAGAGACAACCAUUGACUUGACAUUUUGAAUUAGUGGCGCAGUCGCAGGAGAUUGCUUGCGGCGCCUGCGCAGGUUGACUGCUCCGUUUCACUCUCUCUCCAGGUGAAUGCUUCGGGUUGCUGGGCUUGCUGCUGCGAGCGUUGCUCGCCACUGCUCCUAUUCGUGCUCUUUCCAGACGACCGUGAACCGAAACGAACGCUCUCACUCGCUCUCAUUGUGAGCGCAUAACGUGGAAACGUAAAGCAUGUUUCUUGAAGUGUCUCCCGGCAAACCAAUUUAUAAGACAUUGUCACGUCAAAAAUAAGCAAUAUAAAUUUGGAGAUGCAGAAACCUAACCUCAACAAAUUUUGCUGGAAGCCUUUUGCUGUAAUGACACAACAAUCUAUGACAAUAUGUGUAUCAUGCAUGUCUCACCAUUAGUGGCCAGCCUUAAGAAAUCAACCUCGCACUUUCCAUUACUUGCUCACAAUCAUUACCUGCUCACAUGGUCAUCAUCCACAAUAAAAUUAUCAAGUCAUUUGAUAAAAUAGUAUCAUGUUGAUAUUUUUCCUCACCAUCAACUCAACGUCAUGCAGCUUGAUCCUCUGCUUCUCCCUCAUUAGCUCUCCUUUAGUGAGGUCCACGCUAUAAUGACAGUAUUUGAUUAACAUUGGAUUUGCUUUCCUUGUCUAUCAUACUUCAUAGCAGAAAGCUCUAUCCUUUUCUAGUUCUGCAACAUUUCCAGAUACUUUUCCAACCAUGUAGAAUUAUACUCAACAAAACAUUCAAUCUCAAUAAUUAUGAAAAUUUAGUAUUUAAUCUUUGGCAAAUAUAUUUUCAUGAGGAAUAAAAUAUAAUCGAUCACUCUAAACAAUAUUUUCCUGUUAAUAUUACAUCAGAUAUAUCAUUAGCAGAUAUCCUCCAUAGAAGACAGUGACAAGGCAGAGAAUUGGCAAUUAUCUUUCUCCACUGCCAUUAUAACAUGAACCUCACUAUAGUCAUAGUCAGCCUUAACCUGGCUUCACCAUCCUUGCCGAGGUCUAGAAACACUUGUGGAGCUCUCACUUCCAGUAGAUUUCUGAAUAUGAUAGUGUCUUUGGUGAAACCCUGCUCCAUGCUAUAGAGAUGAAUUCUCUUAAUUUAAGAAAUUAGUCUUGAUUUACUGGGUAAUGAGUAGGU